AUGUCCAGUCAGGAAGGCAAUCAAGCUGAUGCCACGAAUUGGAUCAUCAUCACGGAAAACGAGACGAAGAUGCAGAGGUUCUACGGUCCUUUCAGCAGCGACAAGGAACAUUGGGACAAGGAGGCAAAAGUUUUUGCCGAUCAGAUGCUAGAAGACCGUACCGAACCUACGGACCCCAACGUACGAGCCGAAUGGAAAGUCCUGAUGGUCAUCGCUGUCACAGCUGCGUUUUCAAAUCCUAGCUGGUCGCGGGGUUUUCCGAUAUGGACUGACAUUACCUCCUACGAAGGUAGUAAUUUCGACCUUGAAACGCAGACCAUCUCUCUCAACCAAGGGUUCCAGAAGGAUGCCGCGAUAGCCAUGAAGAAGCUCGCAGCAAGCGAGAAUAUGGACGAAUACCGACCUCCAAAUGAACCAAAAGCUACAUACGGAGAUGGAUUGAGGGUAUUUUACGUCAGCGUCAGAAAAGCCGAAAUGCGAUGGUUUGAAAAUCUAAUUAAACGAGACAUUGCGAAGGAUCCAGCCAAAUUCUCAUCUCCAUAUAUAAUGGGCGCGAAGGCGGCCGCCAGAGAAAAAUAUUAUUUGAACGACUCGAAUUGGCGCUUUGAUAAGUAUUUCGAACAACGCUCAAUUCCCUCCGAAAUAAAGGGCGGCGUCCAAGUCUUCGUAGACAAAGACAAGGCUAUAGAGUACGCGGAGGCGAAGGCGGGAGAGGCAAGAUUUACGUCUGAGAAAGAGCCCAAAAACCUGGGCGCGGAUCAAGUCGUAUAUGAGGUACCAUCUGAAGACGAGACUGUGGGGCCCUUACAAGGCCUGCCCAAGCAUUUCAUGCUUUACGCAAUCACCACUGCUCGUAUUAACAGAACUCAAAGAGUUGAGAAUUGGUUUGCGCUCUUCUAG